CUGAGUGAUAGAAUUAAAGGCAUGACAGAAUAUACCCAGCUUGUUCAUCAUUUUUUGUAGUUAUUAAAAGUUCAUAAAUUUCUCUGAUGUGUACUUAGUACUGUUCAUCUGUUAAUUUCUCUCUGUGUGUCUCUGUCUUUCUCUUUCUUUUUUGCUCCCUUCUCUCUGUUUGUCUUUGUCCACAUUAAUUGCCAUGACUAUUCCAAAGCUCUAUCCUAUUCAGAUAUGACACAGUUAAACUUCGUUAUUCCAUUUUCUUCUAAAAUGACUUAGUGAUAACAUUAAUACUUAUUUUUUAAUAGAAAAGUUUUAAUCUUUAUUUUAAACUAUAGACUAUACAUGAUUUAGAAAGGAAAGUGUACAAAACAAUGAUCAAAGAAUAAUCAUGUGUUCUAUGCCUUUUCUUUUGUCUGGUUACUCCGAAAUAUGAUGUUAUCAGCUAUGAUUAUUGUUGCUUGCCACUCACAUUAUUUUUAUCCAUCUAUUCACUAUAGUCCACUUUCCCUUCCACAAAUAUAUAAGCCCCACUUUUCAUAUACUGAUAUACCACAUCUCUAAGCCCUGGUGAAAACAUGAUAUUCAGUAACAUGUUGUCUUUUGACUGAUGUCACCCAUCUGUUCACUGUCCUCUGAUAUCUACAUCUCAUUUGUUGCUAGAUAAAAUAUGAUGACUGUGUUUUUUCCUUCCACCUGUCUCAUGACAGGGUCAUGACCUACUUGCCCAAGUAACUGAAGAUGAUUCAUAGAUCACUCAAGAACCCAACUAAUGUCUAAUUCAUAUUCGUGACUUACAAACUAAUGAAACUCCUUUAAAACAGGUUUCCAAAGUACGCCUUUGGUUUUCCUUACAAUCUAACCUUUAAGGUUUUUCUUCUCCCCUUGUUCAUCUGAUGCACAGCACCCAACUAUCUAACACUGGCACUUCUGUGUCAGAAAAUAAAUGGAAGCAGCACUAGAAUUGUAUGAUUCUAUUGCCAAUGAAGUAUAAAUUUAUAUUCUUGUCACUCUUUCUGUUGUACAAAUGCAUGGCAUAUUUUAGAAUUCAGUGACCUUCAAUGAUGUGCAUGUGAAAUUCAGCCAAGAAGAGUGGGCUUUGCUGGAACCCUCACAGAAACAACUCUACAAAGAUGUUAUGCUAGAGACCUGUAAAAACCUCACUGCAAUAGGCUACAAUUGGGAAGACCAUGCCCUUGAAGAACAUUUUCAAAGUUCUACAAGUAAUAAAAGGCAUGAAUACAGUCAUACUGGAGAGAAACCCUUUAAAUGCACUCUAUGUGGUAAAGCCUUCCCCUAUAUCACUGUUCUCAUACGGCAUAAAAGAACACACACAGGAGAGAAGUCUUACAAAUGUAAUCAAUGUGAUAAAGCCUUUGCAAAAAAAAAAAAGUCAUCUCGUGGCAUAAAAUAACACACACUGGAGAGAAACCUUAUGAAUGUAACCAGUGUGGUAAAGCCUUUGCAAAAAACAAUACUCUCAUAUGGAAUAAAAGAGCACACACUGGAGAGAAACCUUAUGAAUGUAACCAGUGUGGUAAAGCCUUUGCAGAAAACAGUAAUCUCUUAAACCAUAAAAGAACACAUAUUGGAGAGAAACCUUAUGAAUGCAACCAGUGUGGUAAAGCCUUUGCAAAAAACAAUACUCUCAUAUGGCAUAAAAGAACACACACUGGAGAGAAACCUCAUGAAUGUAACCAGUGCGGUUAGGCCUUUGCACAAAACACUCAUGUCAUAAGACAUAAAAGAACACACCCUGGAGAGAAACCUUAUGAAUGUAACCAGUGCAGUAAAGCCUUUGCAAAAAAAAAAAAAAAAAGUCAUCUCAUAAGCUAUAAAAGAACACAUACUAGACAGAAACCUUAUGAAUAUACUCAAUCUGAUAAAGCCUUUGCACAGCAGAGUAGUCUCUAAAAACAUGAAAAAACACACCGUGAAGAGAAGCCUGGUGAGGGUAAUUAGUGUGAUGAAGUUUUUGCAUGUAACAGUCAUCGGAAACCACACGAAUAUACCUAUGUGGUAAAGCCUUUGCACAUAAUAUCUCCUAAUACAUAAAAGAACACAUACUGGAAAGAAGCUGUCUGACUGUAACCAAUAUAAAAAAUCUUUUGGACUUCAGAAUCAUCUUCACAUUCAUGAAAGAAAUCCUAAUGGACAGAAAGCCUGUGAGUGCUUUUAACAAGGUGAAACCAUUCCACAUUUGUAUAAUCUUCAUCAUCAUGAAAGGAUUCAUACUGGAGAAAAAACUUAUAAAUAUGUUCAAAUUGUGAGGCCUUGCACAAAUCUAGAGUCAUCAUCAUCAUAAAAGUAUUCUUACUGGAGAGGGAUUCUGUGACUAUGAGCAAUAUGGAAAGACCUUUGUGAUCUUUGGUCUACUGAGAUCCAACAGAACUGAAAAACUAGCUCAAUGGAAAUUACUUCCCUUUUCUGAAGGGGAAGGGGAAAGGGAAUAGGGGCAAUAGGAAUGGAGGGUAGUACUCGGGGAGAGAAGGGAGGGGAGAUUAUGAUUGGAAAGUAAAUUAAAUAAACUUAUUUUUAAAAAGAAUACAA